GUGGUUUCUUCCGUCAGUCCUCUUGGUCGUGCCCAGAGCUUCCAGAGAUGAGUCAGAGGAAGCUGACAUGACAGAUGAAUCUGUGGGAGACCCCCGAGGGGUUUACCACGCCCAGCCUGACCCCCACCUCUCCCUACGACCCCACUCGGGGACACAGGAAUGAUUUUUUCCGCCGUAUGAAGCUCAACCGCAGUAUAGAGCGCAGACGGUCAUCUCACUCUCACCUUCCUCUCAGUUUUGACUCAGAGAAUGGUCCUUCGCCCGGCCGCAGCCCCAUGGAUUCGCAGGCGAGUCCUGUGCUGGGGCUGCACCCCUCCUUUACCACAGAGGGGUGCAGGAGUCGCGGGGAGCGCAGGGAGUCCUUCCUGUACCGAUCAGACUCUGACUAUGACAUGUCCCCCAAGACCAUGUCACGUAACUCCUCCAUCAACAGUGAGGGGCAUGCAGAAGAUCUCAUAGUCACCCCUUUUGCUCAGGUGUUGGCCAGUCUACGAACUGUAAGAAGCAACUUCACCAUCCUCGCCAAUGUCACGACACCCACUAACAAGAGGUCACCAGUGACAAGCCAACCCACUGUUCCCCAGGCAACACUCUCUGAUGAGACGUACCAGCAGAUGGCAAGGGAGACUCUGGCUGAGUUAGACUGGUGUCUGGACCAGCUGGAGACCAUCCAGACCCACCGCAGUGUCGGUGACAUGGCCUCCAACAAGGUACUACCACUUCUACCACUACCAUAA